CCGACACAAACUCUGCGCCCAUGCUGGCCUGCAGCUGGUCUGGGUUGGCAUGGGAGAGUAAUUCCUGUGUCACCACGGGAUUGAUUUUAAGAAAUAGGAGUCUCCCUGCUUUGCAUUUUGUAAACAGAAUUGUCAUUGUCUUGCAUGUAACCAGCUUAAUCAGUUAAUGAAACCUGUAUCAUGGCUAGCCAGCUUUGCAUAUACCGGGGCAUUGACGAUAGAUCUCGCGACAAGAUGGUGCAUUGAGCGUGAAAAGCUCAAGUCGGAGACAGUAGGCAGAAAAAGUUGUCUCGAUUCGUCGUGUGCAGCACCAGAUGCAGCUCAAGAAGAUGACUUUUCUCUUGUUGGUGAUUGUGUCGGCUUCGGCGAAGGGGUUUAGUAUGGAGUGUGGAUCGCCCGUCGGGACUUUCGCGGGUAGUAGUGCGACGGACCCUUGCAGCAACAAGUUGGAGUCUGGACCCGAAGCUUGAGGACCAGGAUCAAUUGAGACCGAAUUCUAAUUGAUGACUGGCAGGCAGCCUAGUAGCUG